AUGCGUUCCAACAUCACCACCAUCAUGGCCCUUCUGGCCCUUGGCGCCAUUUCCUACGGUGCCCCGGUCGCCCCGGUCAACGGUGUCGCUCCUGCUGGCGCCAACCCUCCUCCUCCUCCCGCUCCUGCCGCGAAGCACGCUGUCCGCGCUAAUGUCCCCGAUGACAUCCGCCCGGCCGAUUUCCCUGAGCAGCAGCCCAAGGACCCCAAGGCUCCGAGGGCCGUCCCCGUCUCGAAGGUUCCGGCCAAGGAGGCACCCAAGAAUGGCCCCGACGGCAAGCCUCUGCCCAAGGAGGCUAGGGACGCGCCGGCUAUUGGCCCCGACGGCAAGCCCCUCCCGCCCAAGGAUCCUAAGGCUCCUCGCGGCGCACCCCCGGCUCCCGUUGGCCCUGACGGCAAGCCUCUCCCGCCGCAGCCCCGUGACGCCCCCAAGCUCGGCCCUGACGGAAAGCCUCUGCCGCCCAAGGACGGCAAGGCUCCCCGCGACGCUCCCGCCCCCGUCGGUCCCGACGGCAAGCCGCUUCCUCCUAAGGACCCCAAGGCUCCCCGUGACGCCCCCAAGCUGGGUCCCGACGGCAAGCCUCUUCCCCCGCCCAAGGACGCUCGCGUUGCCCGUGACGCUCCUAAGCUCGGCCCUGAUGGAAAGCCUCUUCCGCCGCCUGCUCACCAGGCCCGCGACGCUCCCGCCCCGCCGGUAGGCCCGGACGGCAAGCCUCUGCCUCCUCCCAAGAACCCUCGCGACGCUCCUCCCCCGCCUCCUGCGCAGCCCCCCAAGGACCCCAAGGCUCCUCGUGAUGCGCCUGCUCCCCCGCCUCACCCUCACGGCCUCGUCGACGUGAACGCUCACGUUGGCCGCGACGCUCCCAAGCUGGGCCCUGACGGCAAGCCUCUCCCUCCCCCGGAGAACCAGCCCCGCGACGCUCCCGCUCCUCCCCCGGCCCAGCCGCCCAAGGACCCCAAGGCUCCUCGCGAUGCUCCCGCUCCCCCGCCUGCCCACCCUCACGGCCUGAUUGACGUGAACGCUCACGUUGGCCGCGAUGCUCCCAAGCUCGGCCCCGACGGCAAGCCGCUCCCCCCUCCCAAGAACCCCCGCGACGUCCCUCCUCCUCCUCCCCAGGAGCCCCCGAAGGACCCUAAGGCUCCUCGCGACGCCCCGGCUCCCCCGCCUCACCCCCACGGCCUCGUCGAUGUGAACGCUCACGUUGGCCGUGACGCGCCUGCUCCCCCGCCUGCUCACCCCCAUGGCCUGAUUGAUGUCAACGCCCACGUCGGUCGUGAUGCCCCCAAGCUUGGCCCGGAUGGCAAGCCCCUCCCUCCUAAGGACGGCAAGGCUCCUCGUGACGCCCCGGCUCCUCCCCCGCCCGCCGAGCAGCCCCCCAAGGACCCCAAGGCUCCCCGCGACGCUCCCAAGCUCGGCCCUGACGGCAAGCCCCUCCCUCCCAAGGACGGCAAGGCUCCUCGCGAUGCCCCGGCUCCCCCGCCUGCCCACCCCCACGGCCUCGUCGACGUCAACGCCCACGUCGGCCGUGACGCUCCCAAGCUUGGCCCCGACGGCAAGCCUCUGCCUCCCAAGGACCCCAAGGCUCCUCGUGAUGCCCCCAAGCUUGGCCCUGACGGCAAGCCCCUUCCUCCUAAGGAGGGCAAGCCUUUCCAGGCUUAA